AUGAAGACCUCUGCUGUUUGUCCUCAAAUGAGACUUUUCGCUUCUCGUUUGAGACAAUUCUCCACCCAGACGGGAAUGGCUCAAGCUCCUAUCAUUUUCGUUAAAGGGGGUCAAAGUGCUCGUCCUAAUUCAUUAUUAGGCCCCGCUGAUAAGCAAUUCCCAUUCCCCGGAGACGUUUCUCAUAAAUCCGCUCUUGAAGAGGUGGGCAGCCAGCCUGAAAUGUCUAUCCUUUCCGAUACAAGACAUUCGAUCAACUCUUUAGUUUCUGCUAAUCGAGUUGAUGCCGACGCCACUUAUCUUAAUGAACUUAGGAUCAAUGCUUUGGAAGAAGCUCAAGAACGUGCUGGGGACUGGCCUAUUGAGUUGUCUCUCCAAGAAUGUCCACGCCUUCUGAAGAAAGAUCUUAAAUUUCUCUUCCCGGAUUUGAAGCUUGACAAAGUUGCUGUCAGUGUUUUGAACCUGACCCAAAAAACUGAAAAUGACAUGGCUAGCUGGAGCAAAGACAUGGAGGAGGAACGUGAAGUUCUUACAGCGUCAUUUGUUUCUUCCGCUCAGGCUAUUUGCAACAGCCUCCGCAGCUGUGGAUACUGGGCUGAUUUCGUGGAUCCUUCAUCUGGCAGACCUUUCUUGGGACAUUAUUCCAAUUAUGCACUUUUUGAAACCGAUGAUGUUUACAAAUACAUGGGCUUCAACAUUGAAGAUCUAGGUUGUUGCAAGGUUCUGAAGCACGUUGCUUGGGGCAGUCACGCUUUUGUUGGAACUCUUUUCACUGAUGCUCCUAUGGAUAGUCAAAUCGUCAAGGAUAUCCUUGCCAAAGUCAACGAGGAAGACUAA